AUGUACGAUCACACUAUCGUAAAGUACAUUAAUGUAUAAUUAAUAUAGUGCAAUGUGUAAUUAAUAUAUUUUUCGAAGCUCAAAUAAUACAAAAUAUAUAAAGAGAAGAAGAUUGAUAUCUGAGAAAGAUACAAUUAUAGGAAUUCACAUGUUUCCUUUAAUUAAUAUUUUUGUAAAGCUUUAUUAUUCAACAAACAGAAGUUACAGCUGCUGCUACAGCUAGCACAGUUUCUGUGUCAGAAUCUGUUUCAACCGAGAAUCACCCAGCAGUUAGUUCGAAAAUUGAGAUGAUUGCUAGUCAAAUUGUUAAUUUGAAUCUUAUAGAAGUGGCACAAUUGAGUGAUUUACUUAAAAAGAAAUUAAACUUGCCAGAUGCUCCCAUAAUGCCUAUGGGUGGUUUUGUUGCCAGUGCACCAAACGCAGAAGUGGAAGAAGAAGAACCUCAAAUAGUACAAACUGCAUUCACUGUCAAACUAACAGGUUUUGAUCAAAAACAAAAAAUUGCUUUAAUAAAAGAGUUAAAAGGUAUAUUACCAGAUUGUAAUCUCGUGCAGGUAAUUUCCUUUAGCUUAUACAUACUGUACCUGAUAACAUUUUAUCAAAUGCAUUUAAUUAUUUAAUUGUAUUUUUUACUAUAUAGGCCAAAAAGUUUGUUGAAAGUACACCGGGUGUAAUCAAAGCUGAUAUUGCAAAAGAUGAAGCUGAAAAGUUAAAGGAAGCCAUCACGAAAGUUGGUGGUAUCGUUGAAAUUAUUUAAUAUUUUUAUGUAAAUAUAUAUUUGUCUUUAUUUAGGUUUAA